AAGGGCUCCGGAAAAGGCAGCGAGCAGAAGGGAGGCUCACGAAGCACUCAUGAAGAGGAUCGCGGAUCAAAGAGCAGAAAAAGCAGCGAGAAGGGAGGCUGACAAAGCAGAAAUGAGAAGAAGGGCUGAUGAAAAAGCAGCGAGACGGGAGGCUCACAAAGCAGAAAUGAGAAGAAGGGCUGAUGAAAAAGCAGCGAGAAGGGAAGCUCACGGAGCAGAAGCGAAGGAGAAUGCAGGUUUGUCAAAAACACAACGUAGGCGAGAGAGACGAAAGCGCUCGAAGAAUUGUGCAGCACUAGAAGAUAAAGACACAACGAUCUUUACAUAUCUUCCACACCAAGGAGUAGGUGAAACUACAGAUGAAUCGCAAAAUUCGAGCGCCGAUUCUUCCAGCAGUAAUAGCAAUAAUAGUAACGAACAAUCAUCACAACCAUCUUCAGGUGUUGUAGUACCACCACCACCCCGAACAACCCUGAAUCCUGCUUCUGUUAGAGCAAUUAUAGACAGGAAAAAGCUAUCAAAAAAACGGGCUGCACUAAUGGAGAGCGUAGGAUCUCUCUCCCUAGUUGAUUGGCGCUACGAAAACGGACAUUAUCACUUCUUUUCUAGAACUUCCAGAAACAGAACUUCCAGAAACAGAAUAGAGGACUCAAGAAACUCAGUCUCAAACUCAACAGGAGUGUCAGAAAUAAGUGAUGAUAGUAGGUCUACUUCUAGUUGUACAACAACUACCUCGUCUAGUACAACGGAAAUAUUCAAUCAAGUUGUAGACGACACGAGCUCGUCUACAGAGGACCAACAACAACGCGAACAUCUAGAGAGCUCUUCCUCAACUAUUCCUUCGUCUUCUCCAGGUCGUGGUGUAAUGAGUAAGAUGACAAAAACAAAAACACCACCUCUUUUUGGAUGGGUUUCUGUGACUCGUCCUCGAGGAAAAACGUACUACUGGAAUGCGAAAACAGAUGAAGUUCAAUGGAAAGUGCCAGAAUUGUAAUAUUAAACAGGCAAAAGUGUAGUUGAUGAGGACAACUGGAACUUACUUACUUAAGUACUUACUACUGCCUGAGGAGCUAUAAUUGAAUAUCAAUGUUGUAGUUGACGGUAGAAAGUAGCGCACUAAUACCACCCGUAGGUCGUAGCCUCUUAUUUUCUUUGUUUUGGCUCUUCAGUAGCCACUGAAGUUGUCUGCUGGUUUAUCUAGUGGACCCACACCUAACCUAACCUAGCCCUGCCAGCUGCUGUGAUUAGACGAAGAUAACCUCCUGUUGAUCGCCUGUUCAUGAAGACAAUCUGUUGACGUCGACGAAAGAUUUACUGAGGAGCUAUAAUUGAAUAAAUAU